GAGAGAGAGAGGAUGAAGUUCACGGGAAAGUGAAGCGGAGAAGGGGCAGAAAAGAAAAUGAGGGAAGUGGGAUUGACGAGCGGAGCGGAGCGGAGAGGAGAGGAGAGGAGCGCAGGGAUUAAUGGUGAGAGUUAAAUUAAUAAAUACAUCACGUCCCAUUAAUAGUGAAGGAUUCUAAAAAUAGGUGUAGAUGUAGCUGCUGGUGAUGAUGGACAGUGGAUAGUGUUUCAUAUUCAGCUCUUCCGCGUUUGGAUCCCCUAUUCAACAAUCAAUCACUCCCUUCCAAAGAUCAAGAAGCCACGCCGCGUUGCUCUCCUCUUCUCUGUAGGUAGAGAGAGAGAGAGAGAGAGAAUCGCCGGAGUGAGGCGAUGCUGUGACGUCUCGUGGACAGGCCUCCGUGAUAAGAAGCUGAAUUUGUACAGGCUUUGGUCUCGCCUCUUCUUCUCUGUAUUUCAGGUUGAAACAUGUCGAGGCCACUACAUCGAGGUGCAUCUGUAGGGGGCCGCGUUUCAGGCAACAGCAAUGAUUUAUGGAAUGAUUAUCAGAUGAAGGAUAGAACAGAGAAGGAAGAAGUCGAAAGAAAUCACUCCCCUUCUGAUCCCACAUACUUAUCUCUCAGAUUACCUUUUCGGUAUCUGUUUCCAGAAAAUUCACCUUCUAAACACAGUGCUAGUGAGAAUGGUUUUUCAUCUGAUCCCUUCAGCACUGGAACUUUGAGAAGUCGCUACAAGUUAACUUUGCUCUUUAUUAGGUUCAGCUUAGUUGUGAUCUUAAUUCUAGCUCUUACUGGAUCUUUUUGGUGGACAAUUUCAAUCACGUCCUCAUCAAGAGCUCAGAUAUCUCAUGGAUACAGGCGUCUCCAAGAGCAACUUGUAUCAGACCUGUGGGAUAUUGGGGAAAUUUCUCUUAGUUCAGCAAGGUUGAAAGAAUUGGAGUUCUGUCCCCAGGAAUUUGAAAAUUAUGUUCCCUGCUUCAAUGUUACAGAGACUCUUGCUUUGGGUUUUUCUGAAGGCAAAGAACAUGACCGCCAUUGCGGGCAAGGGUCAAGGCAAAAUUGUUUGGUUCUUCCACCAUUCAAUUAUAAAAUUCCUCUUAGAUGGCCUACCGGGAAAGAUGUCAUUUGGGUUGCAAAUGUUAAAAUUACCGCAGAAGAGGUACUUUCUUCUGGAAGCAUGACCAAGAGGAUGAUGAUGUUGGAGGAAGAGCAGAUUUCCUUCCGUUCAGAAUCUCUUAUGCUAGACAGUGUCGAAGACUACUCUCAUCAAAUUGCAGAAAUGAUUGGGUUGAGAAACGAAUCUAACUUUUUACAAGCUGGAGUGAGGACCAUCUUGGAUAUAGGAUGUGGUUAUGGUAGCUUUGGGGCACAUCUCUUUUCAAAACAACUGUUAACCAUGUGUAUCGCAAACUAUGAGUCUUCAGGCAGUCAAGUUCAGCUGACUCUUGAAAGAGGUCUUCCUGCAAUGAUUGGUUCUUUUGCCUCAAAACAGUUGCCAUAUCCAUCACUCUCUUUUGAUAUGGUGCACUGUGCACGAUGUGGCAUUGACUGGGAUCAAAAAGAGGGUAUUCUGUUGAUUGAAGUUGAUCGUGUACUGAGACCUGGUGGAUACUUUGUUUGGACGUCACCUCUUACCAAUGCUCAAGGAUCUCGUCACAACAAAGAGAAUCAGAAAAGAUGGAGCUUUGUCCACAAUUUGGCAGAAAGUCUCUGUUGGGACAUGUUGUCACAACAAGAUGAAACUGUUGUCUGGAGAAAGACAAGUACAAAGAAUUGUUAUAGUAAUAGGAAAUCUGGAUCUAGCCCUUCCAUCUGCAGUAAAAGCCAUGAUGUUGAAUCACCUUACUAUCGACCACUACAAUCCUGCAUUGGAGGAAUUCAAAGCCGUCGCUGGAUUCCUAUUGACCAAAGGCCAACCUGGCCUUCUAGGGCCCAACUGAAAUCAAGUGAACUUGCAAUUUAUGGUGUACACCCAGAAGACUUUGCCGAGGAUGCCCAAAACUGGAAUUUAGCCGUUCGUAACUAUUGGUCUCUUCUCUCACCAAUAAUUUUUUCUGAUCAUCCAAAGAGGCCCGGAGAUGAGGAUCCAUCUCCUCCUUAUAACAUGCUCAGAAAUGUAUUAGACAUGAAUGCCCGCUUUGGUGGCCUCAAUGCUGCUUUAUUGGAAACUGGGAAAUCUGUUUGGGUCAUGAAUGUUGUCCCUACAAGUGGACCCAACUUUCUUCCCUUAAUCCUUGACAGAGGUUUUGUUGGAGUAUUGCAUGACUGGUGUGAAGCCUUUCCAACCUACCCUAGAACAUAUGACAUGGUGCAUGCUGAAGGACUUCUAUCACUUCAAACUGAUCAGCAGAGGCGGUGCACGACACUAGAUCUCUUCUCUGAGAUUGAUCGUUUACUUCGUCCAGAGGGGUGGGUAAUAUUUCGUGAUUCUGCUUCUCUCAUUGAAACUGCUAGAGCUUUGACUACAAUGUUAAAAUGGGAUUCAAGAGUCGUAGAAAUUCAGAGUAGCAGUGAUGAAAGACUGCUCGUUUGCCAGAAACCUUUCUUCAAGAGACAACUGAAGUAACAAUGAACUUUGGACGAGAGCCUGGAUGGAUUGAUUGUUAAAUUUAUAUUCAUUUUCUGCAUCAUAGAGUACCACCAUUCAAUGGACGAAUGAACCCAAAGGUUUGGAAAGAUAAAAAGGAAAGCGCAAAAAGCAGAAAGAAACAAGUCGUUCUACAUGGAGCCAACAAUACAACUCCUAUGGAGCCGUAAGGUGUACAUAGGGCCAUGUAAUUACACAAUUGAGGCAAGGACGAGAAAGUAUAGGAUCAUAUUCAAUUUUACCUUGUGAUAUCUUGUUAUGACAAUAGAACCAAUGGAUGAACUAGAUUGUGAAGAUCAUCACAGAAUAAGGUUACUUCUUUUUUUUGUUAUACGACACACAAUACUCUUUUACUAAGUCAAGAAGGUUUCAUUUAUUCC